UGGGGGAAUGUUUCCUUAGUUCUUCCGAUUGGAUUUUUCCCAAGUCGACUAUUCGAAAGUGAGCUGUCGACUGAGCUCCUCACAUUUUCUCAUCGGCUGUGCGUCAUUUUAGACAGCGCGCGUUCAUGUAUACGCCGCCUUUCAAUCACAGACGCUGACCCACGUGGUGUUGAAUUUUUAUAUUGAAAAAAGAAAAGUGAAACCUGUUUGCAUCAAGACAUUGGGUCUUUCCCCAGCACGCUGCUGAUAUUUUUUCGUGUGCACUUGUGUGUCUUGUAGUGAGGGAAAUCCCACAGUCAGCAGUUGCUAGUCGACCUGUGUGAAUCAUGUCCCACUGGCUACCGAUUCCUAUGAUUGAACAAGUGUGAAAUUCUUAAGGGGAAAUCCCACUUCGUCAUCCGUAUCGCCACGUUACGUCAGCUGAAGGUGGUGUUAUGGCAUUAGGUGGCCACUGAGAAGAGAAACGUGAUAGUACCCUUGGAUGUCUUCAGUCUAAUUACCCAGUUGAUUCAACCCGUGCCAUGGAAUACUCCAACGGGACAGCGGAGGCCUAUCGAUACCAUUCAUCCGCCACCUACGAUACUUCCGCUUUCGUCGGUCAAGCCAGCGCCUACUGUGUCACCAGCAGCAAUCUCUUGCCACCUCCUCAUCCGUCUGAGGAGUUUCAUCCGACCGCUAGCCGACGCUUUCAUCCAUAUCUCCCUGGCGACCAGUCGAUGGUCAAUUCUGCCACAGCCGAUCUCAAUAACGGACACUUUAGGAACGGAUUUUCCGCCGAUCCCAACGUUUUUGAUUCUCCUCAUGGACAACCGGAUCAUCUCCAAACUCAACAUCAUUUCCCCCCGUUUCCCGAUGUUUAUCCACCUCCGCCCACCAUCAAGACGGAGCUGAACGGAGGCGGCAAUGAAACUGCAGAGAUUCUCGACUUGGAUUCCCACAAGGUUCACGUUUAUCAACCUCCUGGAACCAUCCAGUUGGGCCUCCCACCUGCUCAUCACCAUCCGGGCGGGACUCUGGCACCGACGCCUCCCUACACUCCAGCCACUUCUGUCGGUUCAAAUUCAUCAUCGAUGGGUUGGAUGACUCCAACGCCACCACUUCCAUCUUUAGCUCAGCAGCCGCCACCACCACCACCACCAUUGCAUCCUCACGACUAUCGACCCAAUCCAUUCCCGGCCUACGAGCCAUUGCCGAUGCCCGUCAUCAACGCUAAUAAUGGCAACAAUGCAGCGACGACAACAAAUGGAAAUAUUGCACCUGUCCCGAAAUCCGCCCCUGGAUGGAAACCUAAUGCACCAUCGAAUGGAAAUGCCCAACCUUCAGGGGGAGGAAAUCAUGGGGGAGGUUCAGAGGCUCGUCGUCCAAAGACUUACAAUUGUGAAGCCUGCAACAAGUGGUUUACAUCCAGCGGCCAUCUUAAACGUCACUACAAUACGACACUUCACAAGAAUGCCAUUAAAGCCUCCGGUGGGAAUACCCCGGCUGCUGGUGAUGGACGCCGGUCGACCACACCAUCCAGUCGGAGCACUGGCACACCCACCGUCAACAGUCCAGCUGGAUCGGACGAGAAAACUAUGGAUGAGAUGCCAAUUCCAAGACCAUCUCUUAACAGCAGUCCUAAAAUUAUUCCAUCUUCGCCAGGCGAUUAUCAUCCGCCGUCACAACAACCGCCUCCACCUCUCAUUCAUCAACAACAACUUCAAUCCGGCCCUCCACCACUUCAAUCUUUGAGCAAUAAUAGCAACUAUCCAUCUCCUCAGCAGCAGCAGCAGCAAAUAAAUAAUUCUACUUCCAUGGAUCCGUACCGUUUACCUUACUCAGCACCUGGGAAUCCAUCCGGAAUGAUGACGGUCGGUCCUACUGGCCCGGCGCCGCCACCACCACCGGGUGGUCAUUUGCCAUACUACUGCCCUCCUCCCGUUAGCCAUUCCAAUUAUUCUCCAUACCCUCAGCAUGCGCAACAACACUUGCAACAACAACAACAGCAGCAACAGCACGUCUAUCCUCAAUCCAACACUAUGGGCUAUCCCCCAAACUCCAUUGCCCCGCCCCCUAGCAGCAACGCCAACGUUCAGCAGCUGGGGGUGGGGCCAAUUGCCUCGUCCCGCGGAAUCAUCCAUCACCAACAACAACAGCAGCAGCAGCACUACCACCUCAAUCAUGAGCAGACAUUUAUCAACAACAACAAUACAAUCAUGGAACACGACAAAAUUGGAAACAAUGACGUUGAAUUCGGCGGAAUGGAUUCGGACGCCUUUCUGAUCAAAUCCAACGAUUCCGACUGCAGUGGAGGCGGAAGCGAUGAUUCUCCGGUCGGAAGUGAUGACGCCGACUUGGAUAUGAGUGACGCCGAAGAGCCGGAGCGGUCAGCUAUCAACGUGGUGAUGCCACCGAUUAAACCCAACGGAGUAGCCGUCAAAUCUCGUCCCAUUGCCGUUGUGGCCGAUAACGGCGGCACGGCUUCCGUCGGAACGUUUAAAUGCACCCAGUGUGACAAGGCGUUCAAUCGGGUGUGUUACCUGACUCAACAUAACAACACGUUCCACAAAGGCGACAAGCCUUUCAAGUGCCACAUGUGCGGCAAGCGAUUUCCCAAUGCGGAAUUAUUCGACCAACAUCAGCAGAAACAUGCCGGAGACAAGCCCUACAAAUGUCCGUUGUGCCCGAAACAAUUUAAUCACAAGACGGAUCUGAGGCGUCACAUGUGUCUCCAUACGGGCCAGAAGCCUUUCAUGUGCCAAGUCUGCAACAAGGGAUUCAUCCGCAAGGACCAUAUGGUCAAACACGUUCAGACUCACACCAGACGGAACGCACUGCACGCUCAUCCGCCACCCACAGCAGCAUCUUAGAAGAACAAUCUCCCCCUUUUUUAUUAUUAUUAUUAUAUUACUUUGACCUAUUUUUCUUUGGUAUUCUUUGUGUGUUUUCUUAGUUCCAGCGCCAAUCAAAAAAAACAUUUCCAAUGACCUUUUUUAAACAAACAAACAAACAAAAUGACUCUUUUUAAUGAUGAAAACGGUUGUGCCUUAUCAUUUGCCAAUAUUGUGGACUUGAGACAUUUGUUGACUUGGAAUUCACUGGAGUGUAGCUAUAUCAGUUGUUUUGAUGAAUUUGUUGAUUGUUGUGUAAAAAAAUUACAGGUGGGCAUGACAUUUUGCGCAACAGCAUUGACCUUGCAUGACGAAAGAAUAUUUCGACAAGCUCCUCUACCUCAUUUGCCCAAUCUGUUUUUUAUUUUCUAUUUUCAAAACCACAAAAUGAAAUUUAUCUUGGCCAACCUUUUUUAUUUUUUCGCAGAACGGAGCUCUUAAUGUGUUGACAGACAUUCCAUUGUUUCCGUGUGUGUGUGUGUGCCAGCUGGGGAGGUGAGGGUUGUGCCUCUCUUCCUCACCAAUAGAUAUAGAAUAAUACUACCUCAUUCCAAGAUUUCGAUUAUGCCAUUAUCGGUUAGGUUAGUGUCUUUUUUAAAAUGCCGAUGAAAUAAAAGAGGACCUCGCCUACUUUGAGAUGAUGAAUUUCAACUGGACCCGCGCAGUUUAUUCAUUUGACAUUUUUUUUUAUUUUUUAUUUUCUUCAUGCUCGACUGUCGACAUAUUGUUUAAAAGCGCAAUUCAUCACUAAUAUAAUUGACGUGUUUUUAGAAACCUACCUCUCCUUUGUUGGCAUGGCCCCCAUUCUCUUCCACUUUUUCUCCAUGUAACGCACAAAUGUUUGAUGAUAUCCCGUCGUGCAACAGCAACAGACAAAUAAUAUGAAAUUUUCAUUUUG